AUAUCUAACUAGUUUUUUCGAUAAAAUAUCGUUAAAGUACAUUUCUACAGUUUCACAAUCUCUCAAUCUCUCUCCCGCAUCUCUAGAGUAUACUCCAGACUGUAGACAUUAUUCACCGACCCAUCGGAGUUUGAACACCGUCUACCGCACUCCAUUCUCCAUUCUUCUCCCUUUUCAUAGUUUCUGUUUUCCAUUUCCUUUCCCUCUACUUUAAUUACUGGGUUUCUAAUUUGAUUAUUAAGGGUCUACAAAAUCUAUUCUUCAUUGAACAUUGAUUCUAUUCAACAUUCUUCUGUAGACUGUAGAGUAAGUUCGGUGAACAUUAUUGCUCUGUUCUUUGGAGAACUUCUCAUACCAUUAUUGACAUAAUGGUAGUUGCUGUGGCAACACCAGCAGUAUCCCAGUUUUUGCUGCGGCCUUUUCGGUUAUCGCCUUCUAUUCCUUCUUAUACACCGUUUAGGUUACCUCAUUAUUCAUCACUUUCCACCAUAUUUCACUUUAAGAGCCAUCAUCACAAUGGCAGUAGUUCUUCAAUGUUUUUGAUCAGCAACAACCACUGUAGUAGCCCAUCUUCUUUAAAUGUCCGUCAGCAGUUCAAGCCUGUUGCUGCUCUUGGUUCUGAUCUUCCUCAUCCUAUUCAACCUGAAGAGGAAACAGCCAAGGCCAUUAAGCAAUGGGAUUGGUGGACGGCAAAAUUUGCAGCAGCAGCCAAUAUUCCAUUUCUCAUCCUUCAGUUGCCUCAGAUUUUGCUCAAUGCUCGUAAUCUUACAGCUGGCAACUAUUCUGCUCUUUCGGCAGUUAAUUGGCUGGGUUCGCUAACUGGUUUGCUUGCGAAUCUUUCAUUACUUUCGUACUUUGCCAAGAAAAAGGAGAGAGAAGCAAUGAUAAUCCAGUGCUUGGGAGUUGUUACCACUUAUAUUGUCAUUACACAGCUAAAAAUGGCUGGGGCAAUGCCCUUUCCUUACUUUUUUCUAACCUCUUUAGUAGUUGGGACUGGGCUUAUCUCCAAUUUCCUCAAUUACUGUGGCAUGCUUCCAUCUAUUAUCUGGGGUAUUUGGGAGGAUUUCAUCACUGUUGGCGGGCUUUCUGUUCUUCCACAGGUUAUGUGGUCUACAUUUGUUCCAUAUAUUCCAAACAGCAUGCUGCCUGGGGUUGUAUCUUUUGCUUUAGCCAUGGUAGCAGUUGUCAUGGCUAGAACGGGUAAACUCUCUGAGGAUGUUGUCAAAUCUUAUAAAGCAAUCUCAGGCUGGACAGCUACACUUCUCUUCAUGUGGAUGCCAAUUCCGCAAUUGUGGACAAACUACCUGAAUCCUGAUAACAUAAAAGGCUUGUCGGCUUUAUCAAUGUUGCUUGCAAUGACCGGAAAUGGACUAAUGAUUCCACGUGCACUUUUCACACGUGAUUUUAUGUGGUUUCUUGGUUCAUCAUGGGCAUCUUUUCUUUAUGGCUGGGGGAAUCUCAUCUGCAUGUACUUGUGUGGCAGCGUCACUCGGGAAUUUUUCUUAGCUACCACAGUGGGUUUAUUUAUCUGGAUAGGACUUGCGUUCUGGAAGGACAGUGAGGCAUACGGACAUUCAUCUCCCAUGAGAUCGUUAAAGGAGCUGGUAAUUGGGUCAUAAUUCAUGUACCGUUGAUAUUAAGAUAAUUCUGUGUUUUACACUUAAAGCCCAGGACUUUUGCACACACAUUGUAGAAGUAUAUAAUGAGCAAUAAUAAAUAAUAUGGUGGCGUUGAAGAA